UCAGUCUGCGGCACAUCCCAGGAGCAGGACCCGACCCUCAGGGACCCAGCUUCCAUAGCCCGGAGGUGGCCGUGGAUGGUCAGUGUGCAGGCCAAUGGCACACAUAUCUGCGCAGGCACCCUCAUUGCCUCCCAGUGGGUGCUGACCGUGGCCCACUGCCUGAUCCAGCAUGAUGCUACUUAUUCUGUACGGGCGGGGAGCCCCUUGAUUGACCAGACGUCUCAGACUACCUCUGACGUCCUGGUGCGCCAGGUCAUCGUGAACAGCCGGUUCCGGCCCCAUCGUUUAUGGUCCUGGGUCGGCCGGGCCAACGACAUCGCCCUCCUCCAGCUUGAGAAGGGACUCAAGUACAGCAAGUACAUCUGGCCCAUCUGCCUGCCUGGCCUGGACUACGAGGUGAAGGACCAAUCGGUCUGCACCGUGACAGGCUGGGGGCUCCCUGGGGCUAACGGCAAGUGGCCCCAGUCCCGGACCAUUGUGGAGAAGGACGUCACCAUCCUGAACAAAGAGCAGUGUGAAGACUUCUACCACAAGUUCUCCAAAAUCCCGUCCGUGAUUCGGAUCAUCAAUUCCCAGUUGAUCUGUGCGGAAGACACCGACAGGGAGCAGUUCUGCUAUGAGAUAAGUGGGGAGCCACUGACCUGCCCUGUGGAUGACACUUGGUUCUUGGUGGGAAUGGUGAGCUGGGGCCCGGGCUGUGGUCAGAGCGAGGCCCCGCCCAUCUUCCUGAGCAUCGCCUCCUACCAGCACUGGAUCUGGGAACGCAUCAGCGGGCAGGCUCGGCCAGCCCCAUCCAGGGCCCUGCUCCUGGCACUGCCGCUGCCUCUCAGCCUCCUUGCUGCCCACUGA